AUGAGCCAUUCAAAAGACGCCGCGAGCCCGCAGGCGCCGCUGGAAGCCAAUGUUCACACCAUGUUCGAGAGAUCAACAGGCACAUAUCAAUGGCUCGUGGCAUGUCCCAUAACCAAGGAAGCCGUAGUCAUUGACCCAGUACUCGAUGGCAGGCCACCCUCAAAUCAAAUUGGCAUUGCAACCACAGCGGCGGAUAAGAUCCUGGAUCUCGUGAUGAACUACCGCUACACCGUCAUGCGAAUACUCGAAACUCACUCUCAUGGAAUGCCAACUUCAGCAUGGUAUCUUCGCGGCCAACUACAACAGCUCACCGGACACAUGCCUCGAAUAUGUACCGGCAAGUCCCUCUCAGGAGUCCACAGGAUGUUUCAAAGGCAAUAUCGCAUACAAAAUGCCUUUCAAUCCGCCCCUUUCGACUCCGGCUUCCAGGAUAAUGAAGUAUUCGAAAUCGGACAACUCAAAUGUCAAGUCUUGCUUGUUUCAAAACCAUUGGAGACGGAGAAGUUUUGCUUUGUGAUUGGUCGACAUGUUUUCAGUGGUACUGUCGAGGGAGCAGCUGUGGAGCCCGCGUCGAGGCGAUUGAGUGUGUUGCAUGAUGGUCAUUACUUUCAUCCGCAUGGCUCGAGACCGGGUACCGCUGCAGCAUUGACGGACGUUGAUUCCAGACCUGUCAGCUCGCAAACGGAAUUGAGCACGUGGGAGCACAGUCCGACAGAAUUGAGGAGGGCGAGCGUGGAGCCGAAGAGAGUUCAAACUCCUAGCAGGCCGCAUAGUCAAAUCUACGAGAUGGGUGUAUAA